GAUGUUGUGACAACUUCAGUGGAGGGUUCAGGAAAUUCUUCUGAAAUUUCUAAAAAUUCUAGGAUAUCUUGCCAACAUUGAAAAUGCUCCUGGAGUAAUCAUAGCUGCUAAAAAAUCACAAAGUUCUAAUCUUCCAAAUAUUAUUAGAAAUUACCAUCAUCCGCUAUAAAUUCAUAGCGCACUCAUUGAAGAUGUCUCUGGAACCCUCGGCUUGUGAAGACCUGAAAGCCUUCGAACGGCGUCUGACAGAAGUUAUAGCAGCAUUACAGCCCUCGACCCUACGAUGGAGGAGUAAGUCCGCUUGGUGCUCCCUCGGCACUUUUAAAUCACUAAUUCCUUUCCACUUCAUUGCAGUAGUCUUAUGUACCAUGUCCCUUAUUACAUUCGUGGGAGCAUUCUACUGGCUGACUGAUCCUCGUACUUCCAUUGUCCCAUUGAUGGAUUCGCUCUGGAACCAUCCAGUAUUCACGUUUUCAACUGCAAUACUCUUGCUGCUGUUCGUCUUUGGAAUCCACAAACUGGUGAUGGCACCGCAAAUCAUAACGUCCCGCACCCGAAGCGUGCUGGCAGAGUUCAACAUGUCCUGCGAUGAAACGGGCAAACUGAUCCUGCGGCCGAGGCCCACCAACAAUUCGCGAUUCCAUUGUUUGUGAAGAUGUCCCUUUCUUUCACUCCAACACCCUACGUUUUAUGUUAUGUUUCCCCCUCUGUUCUCUUUUUCUUCGUCUGCACUUUCGUAGAUUUAGCAACGGUAGUGGCACCGUCCGUAGUCCGAAGAAGACGAAACGUUAGUGUGGAUUGGCCCUACGGGAGAACAAAAACCGACCCACGCGGAAGGAAGCUUAGAAAAACAAAAUCUGUAACCGGGACACGAUGGUUUUAAUAGGAUCCAAUUGUAAAUAGAUGUUUUUUUUCUUGCAUUUGUAUUGCCGAAAAUUCUACAAAUUUAGCUAUUCAUUUAUAACUGUAUUUUUGAUCUAUGCAUUCGGAGUGUUCGGUUUU